AUGGAAAUCCCAUUAAAGUCACAACCAAAAGUAUCAACGGUAAAUCUAAUUGAUGAUUCAAAGUUCCGCAUUGAAAACAAGAACAAUGAACGUUCGAGUGACAAUAGGGGCUCGCAGCUAACACAAGAGGGGCAGGGACAGCAGAAGCAUCAGCAUGUCCACCAUCACCAUCACCAACAACUGCGUCCGGAUAUGCAACCUUAUGACUCGCAUCAGCCUCCAUUACAGUAUCUGAAGACCCGUCAUGCGAGUAUUGCAGCACCACCGACUACAGGCUUUCGCAAAAGUGAGUAUAGACGAUCAAGAGGAUUCUCUGAAACUGAAAAGAACAACUUUGAUCUGGAAACUGGUCAUCGAAUUUAUCAAGAUGGUACAAUACGUCCACAAACUCUGAGACAGGACUCUUCAAGUGAUUUUCAACAACAGACCGACAAUGGCAACGAUGCAACUGGCAGCAACAAGCUACACGCACUAUCACAUGACAGCAGUAUCGAUGUUAUGUCCUACACUAGGGGUUUGGAAGAUGAGUACAUUCCUGGUUUAGAUUUCUCCGACAUGAUCUAUAAAUGGAACAAUAGCAACAAUUCCGACUUGGACUUAUCGAGAACACGCACAACUACCAGCACCAUGAGUACACAGUCAAAUACACCACGAAGCCACAACGCUUCAUACUUGGACUUAAAUCUCUUACAUGCGCAAGUUGCUCCACAACCCAUACGACAUAAUAGUCAGAUACCGUCCAAACAAUCGUUCUCCAAAUUGCAUGACUACAUGAAGAUGAAGCGUCCAGGAAACGAAAGUCAAAUGGCUGGCUCUAGAGACACAGAGGUUAUGAAGCUUAAACAACUUACAGAGCAAGUCGAGACACCUGGUCACAGCCCCAAACGAGAAACAUCCGGAAGUGGAUUGCCUAUGAGAAAAUCGAAGAAGCUCAAGUCAUCAUCAACCACUCUGGAUUUACAACCCAGUAGUGCUGGUGCUGGUGCUGGUGCUGGUGCCGGUGGUGCCGAUGUUGACUUUGAAGCGAUCUUGCACAGCUUACCUCCAAAUUUCACCGACUUGCCGUAUUCGCAACGUAAAAAAAUUGUACGAAACUUUUCAGAGAGCGUCGACUAUUCUCAAUUCUCGCUAUUUGCUAAAAAUUACUUGAAUGGAGGAGGCGCUUUUGGGUCAUUUGGGUCCGGUAAAACUCCAAAGAGUGAUGGAGGAUUUGGGUCUGGAUCAAAUGAAAACAGUCUCACUAGGAGACUGCGAGUCGGGAGUGUAAACACAUUGGCUGGCAGACUUCUUGCGAGAACAUCGACUACCGAUAUCAAAAAAUUGCAGGAAAUGAGUCAAAAGUACAAUGUUGAUGAGCGAGGUGCAAUUGUAAUGGAUCACGAGUUGGGUAAAUGCAUUGGAUACGGAGCAUGGGGCACCAUCCGUGAAUGUGUCGAUAAGAAUGGCAACAUUAGAGCAAUGAAGAUUGUUCGGUCGAAGCGAGGUUUCAACAACAGCGUCCCAGGAAGUAGACGGAAUUCUCGAAUUGAUAUGCCGAAUGAAACCACUAAUCCGAAGGUGUUGGAGGUUUUCAGAAAGGAAAUUUCAAUUUGGAAACAAUUGCACCAUGAAAAUAUCCUUCCAUUGAUUGAUCAUUGUGAAACAGAGGAUACGAUUUUCUGUCUAAUGGAUAGAAUCGAAGGCGGAACUUUGUUUGACGUUGUAACCAUGUGGGGUCAAUUCAAUGGUGGGUUGCAUACGCAUACAGGUCCAAUUCAUUUCCUGAUUGCAAAGCAGAAGCAAAGGUUGAAUGAAAUUAUUGACUACACAAGACAAAUCGUUACUGCUUUGUUGUAUAUGCAUGAAGAAAAAGGAAUAGUUCACGGCGAUAUCAAAUUGGAAAAUGUUUUGGUUAGAAAAGACAAUGAUCACUGUAAAAUGAUUCUAUGCGACUUUGGAAUGGCUAGAAUAUACAGUAUGCGAGUCAGCAGAAAGAAUUCAAUAAAGUAUCCCUUGAAGAAGACCGGUAGUAGUAGGAGAAGAUCACCACCACCGCCUACAUCUUCGCCUCAGUUGUUGUCUUCCGAAGAUGACAACGACGAUAACGAUGUAUUAAUGAUUAGGAGUAAAUCAUCAAAUACAGAAAACAGGAAACCUUAUCCUGGAAACGGUAACGGAAACAAUGCGAGAAGGUUGGAUUAUUUGAUAGAUAAUGGCUCUCAAGUUGGUGUGUCCAAUUUUUUCAAGACUCAUGGUCCAUCAAUACAGUCGGUUCAUUUAACCCCAGUAACAUCCGAAGGCAUCUCACCAACAACAUCUGAUCAUAAGUUGAACCAGUCUGUGCGCGGUACAAAUAGCAAUGACUCCUUUGAGUUUAGUAAAAAAUGGCUUACUUCACAAGCGAAUAAGGAUAAUGGAGGGGUUAAUGGAAAUGAUAGUUGUGGUGGUGGUGGUGGUGGUGGUGGUGGUGUUGAUGCUGAUUUGCCUCAUUCUCAUAUUGGCUCAUUGCCAUAUGCUUCGCCCGAGUUGCUACAGCCCAGUCCUCCACCAUUGGGUCCUCUGGCUGACAUUUGGGCGUUGGGUGUCUUGAUGUAUGCAUUGUGUGUGGGUAAAUUGCCAUUUCAACAUCAAUAUGAACCGCGAUUAAGAGCAAUGAUAACUGCAGGUAAGUACAACAAAUCUGAAUUGAGAAAAGCGUGUUUGAUGGAAUGGGUAUUGAACGACGAACUGAGAGAUAAAGAGGAACAACGAGAAAAGGGUUCGAAGGAAUCAUUGAAUAAGAUUAACGAAGAUGAUGAUGGAAGACAAGCACCGAAUGAAGAUAGAGAGAAUGAAGAGGAUAGCAUACCUGCAGCAUUACUGAUGCAGUCGCCAUCAAUAGUGGAUUUGAAACGUAAAGAAGAAUUGAUUCAAUUGCACGAUGAUUGGAAGUUGUACAAGCAGGAGCAAUCAUUUCCCGAAUUUGCUAAAGUUCACGACAUUAUUGAAGGAUGCUUGGAAAUUAAUAUAACCAAGCGAUGGGAUACGCAAAUGAUUCACGAUUACUUGAGAUGA